AUGAGUUCUAAACUUUAAUGUUUAAUUAUUGGAUUCUCUUUAGGAGUUUUAUCAACUACCUAUUACUUAGGAAAUUAAAGUAAAGAAAAACUAGUGAAAAAAGCAAAAGAGUUUAAAUAAAAAGGAUUAGAGUAGGUAUCCUUUCAAUUCAAAAUAGAUUGAUGAUAUCAAAAGUGAUUUGAAAGAAAUUAAUACUAAAGAAUAUUUAGUUGAGAAGAAGGAAUUAAUCUUAGAAAAAGGUAAAGACAGGUAUCAUUAUUAAAUAAUUAAUAAAGUUAAAAAUUUGUAGAAAAAUAAUGGAAAGAUUUUGAAGAGAAAGCUAAAAAAACUUAAAAAAAAAUAGGAAAAGAAUUUGAAAAAAUAAAAGAAAAAUUCAAAUAGGAUUGA